UACUUCCGUAUUACAGAUCGAUAACAGUGGUGAUAAAAUUCCGAUAAAAUUUGUAAAUAUUCAAUUGAUAUCGCAACAUGGCUUCAAAUUUUUGCACCUUAUCAUUAGGCCAGCUUAAAACGGAGCUAAGGCGACGCAAUGCAAAGUUGACUGGACGGAAGAAGGAAUUAAUCGAAAGACUGGAGGCAUAUGACAGAAACCAGAAUUUCAACAGGGAAGAAGAUCUUCUACCAGAAUUCAACAUGAGCCUGCCCAAGACUAGUGGAUACAGAGAUGUAAAUUCAGAUGCUAAAAUGGCACCAAUAACAAUGGAGAAGGCCAUCGAAUACAUGGACCAGUACCGGGUGGAGUUUGAUGCGAAGGUAAAAGACCUGUAC